GUUGUUUUUCACUUGAGUGAGUUUGACUGCACAGCACACGCUCGCAGGUUGCCUUUCCGAACGCACUCCUGUCAAUACAUCGAAUAAACCUGAAUAAACCGUUGCGGCUUCCCGCGCUUUUUGUUUUAAAAAGUUAAAAAAGUUUUUUCCUUUGGCUGUCUCGUGUGUUUGUGUUUUACGUGAAAUUUUAUUAAGCUCAAAAUGACCAUUUACAGCAAACUUGUUCAAAUACUUGUCAGUGUGUGACUGUCCGCUCGGUGAUAAUGGAUUAUUGAAAAGAUCCACAAUGUCUGAACCCUCGACUCCCGGGUGGGCGCUGGCGUGGCGCGUGCUGUCGGCGCUGGAGACAGGCGCGCUGGCGGGCGCCGCCGCCGCCGCGCUGGCGGGCCUGGCGCGCCGGGGGCCCGCGCUGCCGCCGCCCAAGAGUGUCGUGAUCUCCAAUACAUCGUGCGAGCUAGGCCGGGAGUUAGUGAGCCUAUUGCGAGCGCACGGUUGCCGCGUUACAUGCGGAGCGAAUGCGACAAGCGAAGCGAACAACGAGGUGACGAGCGAAGCGAUCCGGGACACAAACGUAGCGAGGAGUGGGAUAAACUCUAAUAACAUUACAGUUUCAAAGGGAGCGAACCAAGUAACAAGUUUAGCGAAUAGUGAAAUAACUUAUUUGAAUAAUAAUAGUAAAGUGAACCAAGUGGACGCACUGAUAGUGGUUGGGGCUGAGCCAGCAGCCGACGGAAUCGAUGGCCUCUGUGGAUUAGUGUCAGAAGAUGUCUAUGCGAAUCUAAAGUCGCUAGAAGCAUUAAGCGUUUACCUACGGCCGGGCGGGCGCGUGGUGUGGGCGGCGAGCGGGGCGGGCGGCGGCGCGUUCAGCGGGGCGGUGCAAGCCUUCGACCAGGUGUUGCGGACGCAGGUUGAACGAGUUGCUGCAGCAUCCCAGUGUACACCAGUAUGGGUGGGGAGAUCAAAAGGAGUGAAGCAGACAGCUGCAAGGGUCGUCAACGCACUAUUUCCAGAGAAAAACAUUCCCCUAAGCUCCAGAUUCUCUAUAAGAAACAUUACGGAAAUAGUAAGCGGAUACUUCGACCGAUGGCUAAAAAUAACCAGCUAACCCCUUUCAGAAUGAAAUACGUGUGCAACCUAAUUUAAUUUGAAUACUUGUACGCAAACACUCACCCUAUUGAACCUAUCGUACCUACUGUAAAUAUCAAAUAAAUGGAUUACGUUAACUAA